ACGUGCUGGGCCGACAACAAGAAAAUGUCAAGUGAGCGCCACACCCCUCGGCCACCACUUUCUUUGUGCGCCCAACUCGCGCGAUAACCUUCGGGCCGAGUCUUGCAGAGGCGAAAUCGUCGGCCGGCGAGGUCAAAGGUCGAUCGGGCCGAGUCAGCGGUGCGUCCGAAGGUCGCCGUCGCUCGGGACACGCACGGGGCCCGCGAUUCUCGUGACAUCACAUCCGGCCAAGGUCACUGUGUGUGUUUGUCUGCAAAUGGAGGAGUCGUUGUGACUCGGAAAGCGAAAAAGCCGGACACACUCGCGAUGGCCUCGAUCCGGACACUCGUGGUCGCCCUCGUGCUGCUCGCCUCGCAGACCCGCCACUUGGUCCUCGGCAUCAAUUGCUUCUGCGACAUUUGCGAGGACAAAACGUGCGUCUCGGACGGAUACUGCUACACCACGACCAGGCUGGACAAGGCCACGGGCAAGAUCGAACAUGACUUCAGGUGUUUUAAUAAAAACAAGCUAUUUCCUCCUGAAAACCCCCUGUGGUGUAGGCAGACUCCCUUACUAAGCACUGACGAAAUUGCACCCUUUGCCGUGGCCUGCUGCAAUGAGUUUGACUUUUGCAAUCAGGCUCUGCGGCCGCAACUCCCGAGCAUGCGCCCGCAAGAGGGGCCGCCCGAGGCGCAGAUCGGCUACGACAGCACCUGGCUCAUCAUCAUCGGCAUCAUCGUGCUGCUGGUGCUGAUCGUGCUGAUGCUGCUCAUCUACUGCGGCAUGACCCAGAACCGCAAGUGGAAGAACAGGCGGCCCGGCGCCUUCUUCAAGUCCAACGACUCGAUGGACCCGCAGGACCAGCAGCCCAUCCUCGGCGGCAUCAAUUCCCUCAGGGACAUGAUCGACAUGACCACCAGCGGCUCCGGCUCAGGUCUUCCAUUGCUGGUGCAGAGAAGCAUCGCCCGGCAGAUCCAGCUUGUCGAGAUCAUCGGCAAGGGCAGAUUCGGCGAAGUUUGGCGCGGCCGUUGGCGCGGAGAAAACGUCGCGGUCAAGAUUUUCUCCUCCAGAGAGGAGCGCUCUUGGUUCAGAGAGGCCGAAAUCUACCAGACCGUCAUGCUCAGACAUGACAACAUUCUCGGAUUCAUCGCUGCUGACAACAAAGAUAACGGCACCUGGACGCAACUGUGGCUGGUCACCGACUUCCACGAGAAUGGCUCUCUUUUCGACUACCUGAGCACGCGCACCGUCGACGUGCCCGGCAUGAUCCGGAUGUCCCUUUCGAUUGCCACAGGCUUGGCCCACCUUCACAUGGAAAUCGUGGGAACUCAGGGCAAACCUGCGAUCGCCCACAGAGAUUUGAAAUCGAAAAACAUCCUAGUCAAGCUGAACGGCACGUGCGCCAUCGGAGACCUCGGGCUGGCGGUUCGUUACGACGUCGCCGAAGACAAGGUGGACUUGGCCUCGAACAGCAGAGUCGGCACCAAGCGCUACAUGGCCCCAGAGGUUCUGGACGAGUCGAUAUGCGAAAACCACUUUGAUUCCUUCAAGAGGGCCGACGUCUACGCCCUCGGUCUCAUAUUUUGGGAGAUUGCUCGGAGGUGCAAUGUUGGAGGUAUUUACGACGAGUACCAACUGCCAUUCUACGACAUGGUGCCAUCCGAUCCGACCAUCGAGGAGAUGCGGAAAACCGUUUGCGACGGUCGCCACCGGCCAUCGACCCCCAACCGAUGGCAGUCCAUAGAUGCUCUGAACACCAUGUCGAAGGUGAUGAAGGAGUGCUGGUACCACAACGCAGCGGCCCGUCUGACGGCGCUCAGGAUCAAGAAGACGUUGGCCAACCUGGGCGCCAGCGAAGACAUCAAGCCUCCACAGUGAUUCUCAAUUUACUUCCCACGCAGCCUAUCAAGAAGAAGCCUCAAAGGCCCCCCGGAUUUUCACUCAUUAACUUUUGUGUUGUUUAAAUUCUAAGUGUAGUUCGUAAGCAGGGUUACUUUUGUCCUCCCUCGAUAGGCACAGAGAGAAAUCAAAGCUCAAUAUUUUUAGGUGGUGAAUUUUUGAUCAAACGACGUCAUGAAAUGGUCGAGUGCCUCUCGUUGAAUUUGGCGAUGCUAAAAAAAAAUUUGAAGCACGAU